AUGUACGAAAUAAAGACUGAUGAUGUGUAUGAGGACUUCAGGAGGAUCGGUGAGGAGAAAGACUGCUGGGACAACUCAGACUAUCCGAAAGAUUCCCCAUACUACUCAGCUCACAAUAAGAAGGUGAUUGGUAAGUUUAAGGAUGAAGCUGCGGGAGUACCAGUGAUUGAAUUCGUCGGGUUAAGGUCGAAGAUGUACUCCUACGUAAAGGAAAGUGGUGGAGGUGGAAUGACCGCAAAAGGAGUGAAAAAGUAUGUGAUCAGAAACAAACUCACUCAUGAAAACUUCAAGAACGUAAUUAAGACAAGAGGUCGGAUGAGACAUAAGAUGAACACAAUCAGAAGCAUCAAACAUAAAAUCGGAACUUACAAACUGAAGAAAAUCACACUUAGUUGUUUCGAUGAUAAACGGUACUUACUUGAAGAUGGUGUUACAAGUUACGCGUACGGACACCAUUUAAUAGAAAAAUAAAUUGUUAAAUAAUUCUGAUAAAUAAUAGAUAAAAAAAUGAGGUAAAAAAGACCACUGAAAAAAUGGCCUAGAAAAAAAAUGGUCCAGAAAAAAUGAGCCCGCGUUCUUUGGGGAAAAUUUGGGAAACCGCUGACCGGAAGUGGGGUGGGAUCGCGGGCCGAAAAAGUGGUCUAGAACCCUCAGUUCCUAUACUACUAGUACCACAUAACAAAAUUAAAUUUACACACCGUGAAAUGUAUUCAAACUCAGAUCUUCUUAUCUCAAUAUCCCAAGUUAGUGAAUCCAGUAUGAGAAUAUGCCUGAAAUUUUAGUGACAUUUAAUUGAUGCAAGUUGCAACUAUUACAUGAUAUAAAACAAAAAAAUGCGGGACAUCACAUAUAGGAAUCGAUUGCAGAUGUUAAAUCUUCUCCCGUUGACAUAUGACAGAGAAAUCAAGGAUUUGACAUUUUUCUUUAAGUUGCUAAAUGGAUUUUACGAUUUAAAUAUUUCUAAUUUUGUGUCGUUUGUUAGUCAUAAUCGUACUCGUAACUGUGAAAAUCCUUCUCUCGUUCUUAAAUUUCCGUCGUGUAAAACAAGUGCUUUCCAGUCGUCCUUCUUUAACCGUAUUGUCCCUCUCUGGAAUUGUGUGUGUAAAAUAGCUUGUCCUGCAGACCUUCGCAGUCUAACUAUGUUUAAAUCUUUUUUUGUCAAGAACAUACGUACAGUUAUUAGAAAAUAGUUAUAAUGUAGAUAUGCCAUGUACCUGGUCUUUAUGUCGUAGUUGUUUGUGUCAUAGGUCUUAAUAUAACUAAUAGUUUCUAAAGUAAACAUAUGCUUGUUGCUUGAGUAUUUCUGUAAUUGUUUUCUGAUAUUCUAGGUAUAACGCAGUAUUGGCUGUUUUUAUUUAUAGUAUUUUAAUUAAUCACUUUAUUUAAACCGACCACAUUUAAUAUGUUUGUGCUUCAAACAAUUGGCAUAUGUUUAUUUUAGUUGUAGUCAUCGUAGUUAAUCAAUUUGUAAAAAGGUAGAGUGCCUCGCAUGGGUCUCCGAGUCCUGUUUGCACUUGUGCCGUUUGAUAUGUCUUGUUUACUGUCCAAUAAAGUUUACAAUAUAAUAUAAUAUAAUAUAAAAGUAUGUGGCAACAUUUUGUUUUUCAAAUAUAUACAAUUUAAACCAAUGCUACUUACCAUGGUGAUAUAAUAGCAAGAAGCCAGUGGAGACUAAGAUAUAAAAUAAACUUUUUAGUGCUUUAUCACUCCAAAAUACUGUCCUUUCCCCUUUUAAGUUCAACAUAUCAUUUGGGUGUUACUGUGAUUGUGUACAUAUAUAUUGUUAAUAUAUCAUUUGGGUGUUACUGAGAUUGUGUGCAUAUAUCUUGUAUUGCCUUCUAUUGAUAGGUACAAAUAUAUAAUCCUUGUCAAACAACUCCACUUUGAAAUACUUUUGAGCAGCUUUAAUUCUUUCCAGUCUAAAACGAUCAAUGGGCAUAGCUGAAUUUACCCCUUCGAGUUUCUGCAGAAGAAGGGGACUAUUUGGCAAAAUACAUAUUUGCCGUAGUGCUUGUGAAUUUAGAAAGCUAAUAUGAGAAAAAAAGCCUCUUAUACUUGGGAAAUGUAAACCUGGUAUUUUUAUUGUUAAAGGAAACUUUGUAUCAAUACGAUGAAGAGGUAUAAGCAGUUACAAUCUUCGAAUAUUGCUGCUUGA